GCGUCGUCACCACCGUGUUCCGUCAUUGCCGUGGUGCUGAGGUCACAAACGCCGCACGGCAACCGGUGUGGGUCCUUCCACGAGGAUGCGUGCUGCGCCGGGGACCGUCCCCUGUAGAUCAGGCGGGCAGGAGCGAUAGGAAAGCCCGAGAUGAGUGCGGAUUCGGGGAAGAAUUUUCCCCCAAUCAGUGUUUUCUGCAAUACCAAUAGUUGCUUAAGAGACAUGGCUUCUUCACCGCGUACCCGCAGCGACUCUCCAUGGGAGGAUGGAGAACUGGAAGAAGGGGAGCUGGAGGACGACGGAGGAGAGGAGGCUCAGGAUCCCUCUGAAUCUCAUGAAAGAGGUCGGAAGGAGAAAGGAGAGAAGCAUCACAGCGAUUCAGAUGAUGAGAAAGCCCAUCGACGGAUGAAGCGCAAGCGUCGGAAAGAGAGAGAGAAAGAAAAGAGGAGAUCCAAGAAGAAAAGGAAAUCCAAACACAAGCGCCAUGCUUCUUCCAGUGAUGACUUCUCUGAUUACAGUGAGGACUCGGACUUCAGUCCUGGUGAAAAGGGACACAGAAAAUACAGGGAAUACAGCCCUCCCUACUCUUCCUCCCACCAGCAGUAUCCGUCCUCUCACAGUGCUCCCAUGCAAAAGAAGAGCUACUCUAAAAUGGAGAGCAAGAAUUACGGCAUGUAUGAGGACUACGAGAAUGAGGAGUACGGUCAGUACGAGGGGGAAGAGGAUGAAGAUAUAGGGAAGGAAGAUUAUGAUGACUUUGCGAAAGAGCUGAAUCAAUACCGGAGAGCGAAGGAAGGCUCUCACCGGGGGCGAGGUGGCCGUGGCCGAGGCAGAGGGUACAGAGGGCGAGGUGGCAGAGGGGGGAUGAGAGGAGGCCGAGGCAUGGGCCGAGGGAACCGAGGGCGAGGCAGAAGUGACCACCCCGAGGAAGAGGAGGAAAUGUAUGAAGAAGAGAUGGAAUACUGCGAUAACGAGGUGCCCAUGGGUGAUGACGAGUACGACGACUACUCGAAAGAGCUGAAUCAGUACCGCAGGAGUAAGGAGAAUCGUGGACGGGGUUUAAACCGAGGACGUGGUCGUGGCCCCAGAGGAAGAGGAAAUAAAGGAAUGGGCAGAGGACGAGGCAGAGGUGGAAACAGAAGUGGAAUGGGGAAAGGUGGUGGAAUGAAUGAAGAUGACGAUUACUAUGAUGAGGACAUGGGAGAUGGAGGAGGUGGUGGAAAUUACCGGCGGAACGACCACGACAAACCCCACCAGCAGUCAGAUAAGAAAGGGAAAGUGAUCUGCAAAUACUUUGUGGAAGGCAGAUGUACCUGGGGUGACCACUGCAAUUUCAGUCAUGACAUUGAACUACCAAAGAAACGGGAACUGUGCAAGUUCUACAUCACCGGCUACUGCGCCAGGGCUGAAAACUGCCCUUACAUGCAUGGAGAUUUCCCUUGCAAGCUGUUCCACACCACAGGCAACUGUAUCAAUGAAGAUGACUGCAUGUUUUCUCAUGAUCCGCUCACAGAGGAGACGCAGGAGCUUCUGGACAAGAUGCUGGCGGAUGAUGCAGAAGCAGGUGCAGAGGAUGAGAAAGAAGUUGAAGAGCUAAAGAAACAGGGCAUCAAUCCCCUCCCCAAACCACCCCCUGGGGUCGGCUUGCUGCCCACACCCCCUCGCCCUCCUGGACCACCGGCUCCAACGUCUCCAAACGGGAGACCCAUCCCCGGAGGCCCUCCUCCCCCUCUGCCGCCACCGCUUCCACCGCUGGGGCCGCAGAUGCCGCCACCGAUGCACGAGCCUCUGUCACCGCAGCAGCUGCUGCAACAACAGGACAUGUACAAGAAGAUCCCCUCGCUGUUUGAGAUCGUUGUGCGGCCGACUGGGCAGCUGGCAGAGAAGCUGGGUGUCAGGCACCCAGGUCCACCUCCCCCAAGGUUCCCCGGGCCAGGAGGACCCCCAGGACCAAUGCCUGGACCCAUGCACCCCGACAUGCCUCCCGACAUGCACCCAGAUAUGCACCUGGACAUGCCAAUGGGCCCGGGAAUGAAUCCCGGCCCUCCGAUGGGUCCUGGACCCCCUAUGAUGCCCUACGGACCAGAUGAUUCCCCCCACUCUGGCAUGAUGCCACCCGUCCCACCGGCGCAAGGUUUCUAUGAUAAUUUCUACCAGCAGCAAGAAGGUCUGGAGAUGGAUCACGGCAUGAUGGGAGACCCAGAAGACUACAGCAGUUACGAGGAUAUGGAAGGGCCUCCGGGAGAGCACAUGUUCCCUGAUCCGUCCUUGGAUCAUGAUGCCUUGUGCGAAGGAGGCCCGCCUGGCUUACCAAAACCGCCGGGCAGCAUCCCCGAUUUCAUGCCGUCGGCGCAAAGAGCACUUUACUUGAGAAUCCAGCAGAAGCAGCAAGAGGAAGAGGAGAGAGCUCGGAGACUAGCUGAAAGCAAUAAGCAGGAACGUGAAAAUGAGGAAGGUGAUACCGGUAACUGGUAUUCCAGUGAUGAAGAUGACGGUGGAAGUAGCGUCACCUCCAUAUUGAAAACCCUAAGGCAACAAAGCUCCAGCAGACCUCAUGCCCAACCCUCCCACGGAGAAAUCGGGCCACCCUCCGGUGUGAGUGACCCUCGCCUGCAAAAAGCCCAAGCAGGAGGGAGCGGUCGUCCUGCUGAUCCGCGUUUACGGGAUCCCAGGCUUUCCCGAAACGUGGACCUUUCCAUCCCAUCUCUCCCCGGCGAUUCAGGACCCACCGACCCCAGGCUCAUGCGACACAUUCCCUCCUCCGCCCCCAAACCAGAAGCUCCUCAUUCCAGCGUCAUCAGCGGUCAGAAACCCCCCCCUGCUCCCGACGAGGAGGAAGGGGAAAGGGCUCUACGGGAUAAACCAGUCAACAUCCCCUUAGAUGCUCUCCCGGGCCAUUCCCUGCGGGAUCCCCGCUCCCAGCUGCAGCAGUUCAGUCACAUCAAGAAAGACGUUGUCCUCAACAAACCCAACUUUGCCCGGAUGAUCCUGUGGAGCCCAGAGGAUCUGAUUCCUCUACUGAUCCCAAAGCAAGAGUUUAUUCCCGUCCCGGCUGCCCUUCAAUCCAUGCCUACCCUUGAUCCGCGUCUUAACAGAUCCCAAACGGGUCUUUCCGAUCCCAGGCAGAGAGGGGGAACGGCGCUGGGGGACGCCGGUUCCUCUUCGGUCACCGGUCUCCCUGAUUUUGAGCUCCUGUCGAGGAUAUUAAAGACUGUGAAUGCGGCCGGCAGCCCGUCUUCCAGCCAGAGCGACAAACCCAGUGACCCUCGGAUGCGGAAAGCCCCCGCUGAUCCCCGGUUACAAAAAUCUGCGGAAACGGGGGUUUCUAGACCCCCUAAAACGGCAGAGCCAGCAUCCACCGGCGAUGCCGCCCCAGCCAUCGCUCCCUACGACCCUCGGCUGCUGACGGCUGGCGGGCUGAGCAAAGGCAGCGGGCAGAGCAGUGUGCUGAGUGCCAUCAGCUUGUAUGAUCCCAGGACUCCGAGCUCAGGCAGCAAAGCUUCCGAGUCUCCUAACGAAGGUAAUUCAUCCUCCAAAUCCUCAGAUUCCAGCAAAACCACCAGUAAAACCAAGGAACCCCUUUUCGUUCGGCGAUCAGCGUUAGAUCAACCCGAAUCGGAGAAGGCGAGCGCCGAAUCCGCUACGGACAGGUACAACAGCUAUAACCGGCCUCGUCCCAAAGCCGCCGCCGCCCCCCCUGCCCAAGAAACAACCCCCCAACCCGGGGUCCACAACCUCCCGGUCCCCUCCGUUUAUGGCAUGGUCAAACAAAGCGCCAAAUCCGGAUCGGGAAGCCCGUUUGCGGGGAACAGCCCGGCACAGGACGGCGAGCAGCAAGAUGCCGCUUCCCUUAAAGAUGUUUUUAAGGGUUUCGAUCCCACGGCUUCUCCUUUCUGCCAGUAGUAUUAAAAAAAAAAAAAACCAAACACAAAAAAAAACCCCAACAAAACCAAACCCUGACUCUGCUCCAUGCAUCAAAUUAGCAGCGCAGCGUUGGUAAUUUGAUUUAAUGGGGGGGGGGGGGUGUUGGUUUUUUGUUUUGUUUAUUUUUUCUUUUUAAUUCCAUUAGAGCUCACUUUAGCCAUAUAACGUGUAUAUAAAUCCUGGUUUCUGCUGUAACUAAAGAGAGUUUCCCCAAGCCACGUUUUAAAAGAAGAAUCAACGUCUCCCUCUGCGAUAACAACCAGCAUUUUCUUUAUUUUGGCGCUUCCCCCCCCCAAAGAAACCCCCUGAUCGAAAUCAUCCGGGGAGGGGGGGAAAAAGAAACAUGGCGUUUCAAACCUGACUUCUCCGGCUCUGCUCAGGGAGGAAAAAUUACCGCAAUUCUUUAAUUUCUUGCUUUAAAAAGCCGCACCGAUGGGUUGCGGGGUUCAUUUUUACAGCAGAAUUAACUAAAAAUCUUUGUAUUAUAGUCUUUUUCUAAAAUCCUGCUGUGGUGAAUGGGAGUAACCAUGAAAAAUCCACAAAAAAAAACCCAAAAAUACCCAUGUGAAAUUGCUUCUGUAAUUGUGGGGGGGGGCGUUUCCUGUUUCUUUGGGUUUAUUUUUUUUUUUCGGAAGUAAAUAUUUUUAUGCCGUUUCUUGGAGGUUUUCAAGACAACUGGGGCACUUCGAAUCCCCGAGAAGGUGACAAAAUAUUUACAGCCCCCAAAAGUUCCGCAGGCUACCAAAAAAAAAAAAAAAAAACAAACCAAAAACGAGAAGGAAAAAGGUUGUAUUAUUGCAAUUAAAUUAUUAAUCUCAAAUUAUUUUGCUCAUACGUAGUUUGCAUCCAGAAAAGGGGCUUCCCCCCCCCCCCAAAAAAAAGGCAGGUCUGCGCUCAGAAGCUCUCGGUGCCUUUUUUUUCCCAUCGUGGAGAGAAAAUCGUCCUUCCUGCCGCGGGAUGGGAUCAGAAAAAGGAGCUAAAACCCAAUUCCCGGCUGGAAAAUCACCGUUGAUGCAACUGGAGGAGAAAAAAACCCAACUGCACAGAAAACCCACUGCCACGGGGGUUUUUUUUGGGGGGGGGGGGGAAUCCAUUUUUGAGCAGCCGGCGCUGAGGUAAGCACCGUCCGGCUCCGCCAGCCCAUGAAAAACCCCCAAAACGCUUAUUUUUUUUCAGCAAUAAACUUGGGGGUUUUUUUUAUCACUCCUAUCAAAUUUACGAUGGGUUUUUCUCAACCCGUUGCUCCCUGAAAUAUUUUCUCGGUGUUUCGAGCGGCUGGGGGUUGCUUUGAGCGGGGCAAGAACCUGAACUUUUUGUAAAAUGAUUUAUUAUUAUUUUAUUUUAUAGGGAUUUAAAAAAAACAAAAAAACACACAAAAAACCCCCCAAAAAACAGCUAUCGAAGCCAGUUGGGGGGGGAUUUUUUUUUUUUCCACCUGCCAGAGGUUUCGAAGAAGAGCGAUUGUAAUAAAUGUGUAAAUAAUUGUUUCAGA